AUGGCUAUCAAUCAUCCACUUCAAAUCGUUCAGAAGGUACCAGGUUCAUACUUUUAUAAACUAGUCGCUUCAUCCAUUGUUAGUGUAAACCAAGAAAAUACUUUCAUUGAUAGAGAUGGAACACACUUUGGACUCAUCCUAAACUAUAUCAGAGAUGGAGACAUAUCGAUAUUCCCAAAGAAUAUAAUGAAUGUGGUUGAAAGGGAACUAAUCUUUUAUGGAUUACCAACACCAUCACCUUCUUCAUUAUUAACCUCUGAACAGGUUUCAAUUAUCAAUGGAACCAAAGAUGGAUUUGAAGCAGAAACCAUUCAUAAAAACAUUGAUGGUAAAGGAGCAACCGUUCUCUGGAUCAAAACAAAUGACGGCAACAUAUUUGGAGGAUUCAACAACCAAUCUUGGGAUUCAAGUGAUAAAUAUGGUGGUGAUAUGAAUUGUUUCAUCUUCUCGAUUGUCAACAAACAAGGACUACCUCCAACCAAAUACCUUCCAAAAGGUGAUGGACAGAUUGUUUAUGGAUCAUUACAAGCUGGUCCAACAUUAGGGCGUGGUCAUGAUUUUAAAAUUAAUGAUCAAUGUAACACCAACUUUUUGAGUUACCAGAAAUUCCCUUCCUCUUAUAUCGAUACAACUGGUAAAGGACUCUACAUUGACACCAACUACAAAUUUUAA